AACGUGCGCUAAUUGAUACGCGAAAUUGCGACACGUUUACCGUGAACAAAUAAUUUUGCCGCGUGCAAAAUUUUCGCGAAAUCGGUUGGCGAGGUCCGUUGGAUGACUCGAAUUAUCGGCGAACGUUGUUCGAGACAUUGCAGCCUCUGCUGAUUUUAGUCGAGCGAGCGAAAGGACGAACAAUAUUCGAAGAUUUCCCGGUAAACUUUCGAUCGUGUUUCACGAUCGAAACGUCGGGCUGAUUUACGGUAAGACGGGACGAGGCCGAUAGUUACGCGCCGCGUUCGUACGCGCGCUUUUACAAGGUCGAGGAACUCGACGAGCGAAAUCUCGGCGACACCGUUGGAAAGUGUGUCUCGUGUAGAGGCGAUUCGUUUAAAAAUGACCCGCGCCAAGACCGAACGAACCGAUUAUCGUAGCUGCAGGAAUACUGUAUCGCCCGAGGCUCGCGAAAGGUGUUUCGUUGUUUAUUUUCAAUUUUGACGGAAGAGUCGACGAUUAACGGGGGGAAGAUCCGCCGAGACCUUGACCCGCGCGAUACCGCGUAACACCUUUGCGCACGUAUACACAUUGGGUAUACGUGCGCACGGACCGAUCUGUCCGAUUAUAAACAGCAGUCGCUACGACGAUGAUUUUAUCCGCAAUCCGGCCGAGUCGCGUGCAUUCGAAAUCGCGCGUAUACUUCGAUGAAACCAAUUGUUACUUGUUCGAACCGCGGCAUAUUCUAAAUGACGAAAAAUCGCAGCUGCGCAGACACGGUGAGGUCAGCGGCGCGUAAUUCGAUGACACAAUCCCGCGAAGUGCUGGCAAUGAUGGACGCUCACACGACAACGUUCGGCCGUAAACGUGGAUGUACCGUAUCGAGAUGCGGUGGAUUUUUGCUCGGUACACUUUUCCUGCUUUCCGUCGUCGUCACGGCUCUGUUGGUCUACCAUUUUGCGCCGUGUGCCGACUCUGUUUCCCGUACCGGGAAUCGCGAAGCCGGCAUGCCUGGAAUAAAGAUUGGAAAAGGAUUUGGCGCCGCUGGAUUUGCGGGGAAAAAACUUGAUUUGAGAUUACCGAGGUCCGUUGUACCGGUUUUGUACCGGUUGAAAUUAACGCCGUUCAUUUGGCCGGGAAAUUUCACCUUCAACGGUGAGGUUGAAAUUUUGGUCAACGUUACCGAAGAUACGAAAAAUAUUACGCUUCACUCGACGAAUCUUGACAUCGACGAGGCGGCUACGAAGGUGAAAAUCUACCUACCGGACGACGGAACGAUUCGAAAACAGACGGAGGACAUUGGCGUUGAGAAACAAACCAACGACACGCUCAGACAGUUUCACGUCAUUCACACGUCGAAUUUAUUGAAGGCCGGCAAGCGGUACACGGUGAAUCUUAAGUUCGUUGGAUAUUUGAACGACUACCUGGAAGGAUUUUACCGCAGUUCUUACACGGUCGGCAAUCAGACGAGAUGGAUUGCAACCACGCAAUUUCAACCCACAGAUGCGAGACAGGCAUUCCCUUGUUUCGACGAGCCUGCCCUGAAGGCGCAGUUCGAAAUUAGCAUCGCACGUCCAAAGAACAUGACUUCCAUAUCCAACAUGAAAGGAACCGUCGAUCGCAGGCCGAUCCCCGGGUUGCCGACCUACGAAUGGGACCGCUACGAACGGUCGGUACCGAUGUCCACAUACCUGGUGGCAUUCGUAGUAUCAGAUUUUGCAACAAUGACAUCGAAGGAUGGCAAAGUUAGCGUUUGGGCUCGAAGCGAGGCUCUCGAUCAGUCUUUGUACAGUUUAGAAAUCGCCCCGAAGAUAUUAAAGUAUUUCGAAGAUUAUUUCCGAAUCGAGUUUCCGCUACCCAAAAUGGACAUGAUCGCUCUUCCCGAUUUCUCGGCAGGUGCAAUGGAGAAUUGGGGUCUGAUUACGUACAGAGAGACUGCAAUGCUUUAUCAAGAGAGCGUUUCGACUAGCAGUAAUUUACAGAGAGUCGCAACGGUCGUUUCUCACGAGCUCGCCCAUCAGUGGUUCGGUAACUUGGUAACACCGAGUUGGUGGACGGAUCUUUGGCUUAACGAAGGAUUUGCCAGCUACGUCGAGUACCUCGGCAUGGACUCUGUUGAACCGGAUUGGAGGGUCCUUGAACAAUUCGUUGUUCACGAAGUGCAAAACGUUUUCGGGCUGGACGCUCUGGAGUCGUCUCACCCAAUAUCCGUAAAAGUCGGUGAUCCUGACGAAAUUAGUGAAAUUUUUGAUCGAAUUUCAUACGCGAAGGGAGCAUCGAUAAUUCGUAUGAUGGAUCAUUUUCUCACCACUGACGUUUUCAAAAGAGGACUCACCAAUUACUUGAGAGAAAAAGCUUACCAAAGCGCGGAACAAAAUGACCUGUGGGAUGCACUGACGAAACAAGCGCAUGAAGAUAAAGUUCUGGAUCAACGUACGACGGUUAAACAGAUAAUGGAUACCUGGACUCUGCAGACAGGAUUUCCGGUGGUCACGGUUAUUAGAGAUUACGAAAGAGGCGGUGCAACCUUGACGCAGCAACGCUUCCUUCUACAAAAUAGUACCACUACCUCGCAGUCGGGUAACGAACCGCUGUGGUGGGUACCGAUUACUUUCACAUCGCAGAAUGAGUUGAACUUUAAAAAUACAAAACCAUCCCACUGGAUGGAGGCUGAGCCUUCUCUAACUCUUCACAAUCUGAAAGCACGUUCAAAUGAAUGGAUGAUAUUCAACGUACAAGAAACUGGCUACUACCGUGUGAAUUACGACGAACGAAACUGGCGGCUCAUUAUUCAGGAACUUUCAAAGUCUUCGUUCAAAAAUAUUUCCACGAUAAACCGAGCACAAUUGGUAGACGAUGCUUUGAACCUCGCAAGAGCUGGCCAAAUAGACUAUGCUACUGCUUUAGAUGUUACUUCGUACCUUGCUCACGAAAGCGAAUAUCUGCCAUGGAAAGCGGCAUACACGGCGAUGGGGUACCUGGACAGUAUGCUCGUGAAGGCCGAAGGAUAUGACAGAUUCCGGAUAUUUGCAUUGAAAUUGCUCGACAACGUCUAUAAACUGACAGGUUUCAUCGAUGCCCUUGGCGAUCCACAUUUAACGGUUUACAGUCGCAUAGGUGUGCUGAGCUGGGCUUGUAGCUUGGGACAUGAGGACUGUGUGAGAAAUGCUGUAACACAAUUCCACAACUGGCGUACGACCCCGAGCCCAGAAAAAAACAACCCAAUCUCACCAAACUUGAAGAGUGUCGUUUAUUGCACCGCUAUUCGGGUUGGAGGGCAGAUCGAAUGGGACUUUGCCUGGCAGCAGUACCAACUCACAAAUGUUGGCUCAGAGAAAGAUCUGCUUCUUCAUGCGCUUGGCUGCAGCAGAGAAACCUGGAUUCUGAGCAGAUAUUUGAACUGGGCUGUAACUGAGAAUUCUGGUAUCAGAAAGCAGGAUGCUUCGAGGAUCUUUGGAUCCGUAUCGAAUAGUGUAAUCGGACAGCCACUUGCCUUCAACUUCCUCAGAAACGAAUGGGCGCGGAUAAAGACGUAUCUGGGAUCUUCGCUCUCAAAUCUUAACAGCAUCAUCACCUCGUCUACAAAGAGAUUAAACGCCAAAUAUCAGCUCAAUGAUCUUUUGGAGUUUGCAAAUGAUCACAGUGCCGAGCUUGGAACGGCAAAGCGAGCUGUACAACAAGCAGCGGAACAUGCUCAAGCUAACAUCAAGUGGCUCGAGCGUAACCAUGGGACAAUUCUGAGUUGGUUGAAGCGAGCUACAGCCUAGUCUACCAAGAUGUAGACGAGCUAGAUGGAGAGGUUAGACUACCUGCUAAUGUCCGAAGACAUUAUACAGCUGCGUCUACAAGGUGAAGUGAUUUCAAUGAUGCAGCAGAAAUAACUGCUGAUAUUGAGUUGAUGUUUAAGCUAAGCAAACAAUUAUCAUUGUUUAUCGCCAAAUAAACUACCUUCGAUGGUCGUGGUGGUAAUUAGGUUUUUGUAAGUAUUUGUAAAUAUAUUAUAUCAAUAUAUCUAUACCUCUAUAAA